AGUCCGGCCUUUUACGCACUGCCGUCAUACCAGCAUUACGCUAUGAGCGCUAGAGGAAGACCGCGCAAAGCCCGGGAUGAUAAUCCAGGCGCAUCUGGAGCUAAAAGCCCGUGUGGUACACGAAAGAAAAGCGUGCAAAGGAAUGAGGACCAGAUAGGAGUCAAGAAAACCACGGACGCCAAAGUGAGCAGCCAUUCAAAGCUCCGGGAAAGUCAAGAAGUCUGUUCGGCAGAGCAACAAACACCCAAACCAACCAAAAGUGGCGAGAAGAAAGCAGCUCCCCGUAGCGCAGCAAGGAGAAGCAACAAUAUCGAUGAGAAUCCGAGCAAAGAUCUCCAGAGUGCUCCUGAAAAGGAAAAGAAAAGUCAGAAUGUGGAGCCAGCCAAAACAACAGACCCUAAAGUGAGCUGUCCUGCAAAGCCACAAGAAAGUCAAGUCGUGCGUCCGAAGAAAUUUUCCAGAGACGCCAACUCUAGUGAAGAGAGACAAGCACCCAGAUCAGCAAAAGGUAGCGAAAAUCCGAAUAAAGAACUCCUGGCUAUUCUUGAAAAGUUAAAGGUAAAGAAAAGCCAGAGAUCGGAGUCAUCCAAAUGCGUCAACGAGAUACAGAAUAAAAUAACCGAGUAUCUGAAACGGCACCUGGACUGGGGCAAAGACAUCUGCGUUCUGAAAACUGGAAGCUACUAUGAAAACCUUAAAAUAUGCCAACCGGACGAGUUUGAUGUCAUGCUGACUAUUCGAGUGGAGAGGGUGAACCUUCAGCCUUUUUCACAAGACGGCGCCUAUUAUAGUGUAGAAAUGAAACGCCACACUCAAAGACACCCAUUAGACAAGUAUGUUAAUGAGGACAGAACCAUCAGGGCCAGUGAAAUGCUCAAAGAUUUCCGGGACAAAAUAAAGGAAGCCGUCGACUCACUACAUUAUGUUGAACUGGAGAGGAAGAAGAAGGGCUGUCCAGCUGUAACUCUACUAGUGAAGGAGAAUGGCAAGAACAUUUCUAUCGACUUUGUCCUUAGUCUGGAAGUCCACUCAAGCUGGCCUGAUUUCACUCAGGAUGGCUUCAACAUAGAAAACUGGCUCAGCAAGAAAGUGAGGAUGGUGCAAAGACAGAAACCCUUUUAUUUGGUGCCUAAAUACGAGGGAAAAGGCACCGCAGAGCAGGAUGGAAUUAUGGCAAAGGAUGCUUGGCGAAUUUCUUUCUCACAUGUGGAGAAGAACAUCCUGAAAAACCACGGCAACAGUAAAACCUGCUGCGAAGGGGGUCAGAAAUGCUGCAGAAAACAGUGUCUGAAACUUCUGAAAUACCUCUUGCAACGGCUGAAGGAGGAGAAUCUGGAUACUGCGGACAAGCUCUGUUCAUACCAUGCCAAGACUACACUGCUGCACGCAUGUGCUACCAGAGUGAAGGACAGCGAGUGGGCAGACAGCGAUCUCAGCUACUGCUUCCAGCAACUUCUCAUGGACUUUGAGGGAUAUCUGAGGGCAUGCAAGCUUCCUAACUUCUUCAUCCCCUCCCAAAAUCUGUUCGAUGGCUUUAAUGAGAAAAAAUGCAACCUCCUAGCAGACCACAUUGAAUACCAACGUAAUAACAGGUUUCCUCUACUAUGUUAAAUGAGAGUCUCUGAAUCAAGAGUCUCCCAUACUUUAUACAUUUUCUAAAUGAAAUGCAUGUUUUAAUAAAUAAAACAUUUAUAUUCUUCAUUUA